UCUUAUUAUUAACGUGCUUUAAAAAACAAGACUAUGCAUUUUGGAUACAUAUAAUGCGCAUGAAUUGUUAUGAACUACUUUGCUGCGCGUUGAAGAAAUGGGGAUUGAAUAUAUAACACUUGUUGCAAAAUUCAAGGCAGCAACUGUUGAACUUUUUUCUACUAGACAGGCAUAUUUUUGUUUAUAGCCGCUUACAAAAUUUGGUCGCUCUCUGACGCUUUGCCAACAUUAAAAGCAUGAGAGAGAGAGAGAGAGAGAGAGAGAGAGAGAGAGAGAGAGAUUUUCAGUUUUUACUACACAAUAUGCGUAAAGACACACCAAAAGAGCCCAGCUUUCAGUACUUCAGUACUUUGAUUUGUUUAAGUCUGCAUGUAGGAUUUAAAAAAAUGGACCAUGUCAUUUAAAAUUGGAUGAUAUAUAUAUAUAAUAUCUACUUGGUUACCUAAUUUCUUACUGCAACCAUCCAACCAUGCAAUCAUUUGUUGUUAUCAGUGAUAUCUGUAGGUCUUGUUCUGUCAGGACAGGUUUCUUAUUUCACUAUUCAUUGAUUUUAUAUAUGGAAUCACUUUGACAAUUAACACAGUAAUGUACCAGCUUGGCAUUUAAUAUGAUUUUAGCUAUACACAUUCUAAAUGGAUUUCUUAAUUUUAAAUUUCUGUAGCUCCCUCUUCAUUCAUCUCUCUCUCUCUCUUUUAAGCAAACUUCUUAAUUAGAAAUUAAUUUAAAACCAGCAAUCUUAUCAAAGACAAUAAAACACACAGCUGAAACAAAGUGAAAGUACAAUAAAAUAAAAUUCCUGCAGCUAAAAAUAGCAUAAAAUUUCCACAGGUGUAGAGUUCACCUUUAAAAUGGAGUCUUUCCCAGUGGAAAUAUGUGGGGGACUCCAGCACAUGUCAGAGUCAGUGUUCGUGGUUCUGUGUGAGAUACUGGGGACCCCACAAGAGGUGGCCAUUAGGAGGGAGACACAGGACAUCGUGGAAAUGGUGGAGAGACGAGUGACACCUUAUGAUGGGACCAUUGAGAUGAUGAGUGGAAGUAUGAGGGAAGGAUUCAGACUAGAGGGAUCAGAUCUGGACUGGAUGUACUGGCCAAACAACCACCGAGUGAUCAUGGACAUGUCUCAGUCUGAGUAUUACAACACAGCCAAUACAACCUUGAUUCUUGCUGACAGUCCUGAGAGUCCACCAGGAUUCACUCUACUUCAGUUACUAACACCAACAACAAACAGAAAAGUCUGUUCAGCAUGUGUCAGAAUGAAUGGCAAAGUCCAUAUAUCUAGUUCUUUAUACAGACAGUUAACUUGUUCAGCAGCAGUGCCUAAUUCUACUGUACAUGGACCCUGUGCUAGUGGUAAUCUAGCAGGGAGAGAAUAUGACACUGCCUACUGUUUUGUUUGUGACUUCUGGCCUCUGUCUGCCUCCUCAUGGAAAGACAGAUGUCAUGCAUGGCCUGAUCCUGAAGUUGUCAAUGACAUUGUCAGAAAUGGAUGUCACUUUGUAGCAAUAGGACACCUAUUUGGAUCCCAUGAAUAUGAAGAAUGGAGAAUUUCUUUUUCACAAGCAGAGUAUAAAUGUGUAUCAGCAAUGAACCACAGUCAGUUUUUGACUUAUGGAUUGUUAAAGCUGUUCUUAAAAGAAGUUAUAAAUGAACAAUCAGAAGAAACCAAUAAACUGCUGUGUUCCUAUCACAUGAAGACAACAGUUUUCUGGGCAAUUCAACAAAACACACUACCUCACUGGUGUCCACAAAACCUCCUAGUCGGUUUCUGGGUCUGCUUUAAACUCCUCCUUAAAUGGGUGUAUGAGGGGAUCUGUCCUAACUUUUUCAUCCCACAAAACAACCUGUUUCUGACAAAGGUUCAUGGCUCAGCACAAAACAGAUUGUUCCUAGAGUUACAUGAAUUGUACAAGAAAGGUCUGGCCUGUCUGUUACAGAGUUCCUCUAUCAGGUUCUUCAUCAUUGAUGUCCUGUACAAUCCUAGAGCUUUUGUUUUAACAGAUGAGAGUUUAAUUAUGCCUGAAGUUGACUAUGAUAUAGAACUUUUCAACACAAUGUUUACUAAUGUAGGAUCAGGUAAACACCGAUAUAUAAAAGCCAUACACACAAUAGAACAGUGUGUAGAUUCACACCUUACACACUGUCAAGUUGUCACGUUACAGAGACUUACAGCCUCUGCCCUUCAGCGCAUUGCUUUUAUAUUACACAACAUGUACACUAAUACAGGUGUCAACAAACAGAUGUAUAUUGCAGACAAAAUGUCCUAUCACAUGCUGAAAUUAGCAGCCAAGUUUGGGUGUGUAUCUGACAUGUUGUACAUUGCUAUGUAUUAUUACAAGACACUCAGAUACAGGGAAGCUUUAUCUGUUAUAGAGAUGACAAAGGUCAAGUUAGCACAGCCAUAUCUGAUGUAUAGGAGACGUGUAGACAGAGAGAGGUAUACUGAGGCUGUAGGGGGACAGUCCUGGUCUACAAAGACGAGACAGGCUGGAGCACGGGAUAUUAGACUUUACAACAGAAUCUGUUAUAUCAAUGAACUAAUACCAGAACAACAGUCUGCUCUACAGAACAGAAUGCCUACGUUAUAUAUCCCAGUGUUUGUGAUGUUACACUUCCUAGAGUUCUUGUGUUACAGACACAUAGAUACAAAAUUAUCACGAGCCGCUCUAGAUGAGCUACAGGUCCUAGUCCACCAUGAUCAGGGACUGUAUGUACGUGAUAUAUACAGAGACAUCUCCUGGGAGAUGCUGGGGAUCUGUCAACAGAUCACAGGGAACCACCAGGCUGCUCUAUACUCAUAUCAACAGUCACUUCUCACACAGUAUCCACUUCACAACAUACAAACUGCAACACAGAGGAGAAUUCAGGAUAUGAUUCAGUCAACACCAUACCAGUAAUAAAAUUUUAGCCAUCAACAAAACAAACUUUGUACAUAGACAUUUUCAAGUCAGUCAUCCUAUAUUAUUCACAAUACCUUAGAUUUAAGCGUUCAAUGAAAAUAUAUUAUUUUAUAUAUAAUUCAAUGUUUAUUUGUAUUAUAUAUCUUUAUAUUGUUGCUUUAAAGCCAUUAUAUACAUGUAUGUUUUUUGUCAGGAAUA